AUGUCGACCAACGAACAUUUAGACGGGCCAUCUGAGGAACGAAAGGGCUUAGUCGGUGAACUAGCUAAGGCGCUGAAUAAUGAGCCAGUUUUACCCGCAUUCUGGGCCUGUGCCCAUGUCUGCGAUCUCGAGAGGUUGAGAUGGCUCGUUGCGAAUGCACAAAAAGCCCCAUAUUUUGUCGCCGCAUUUGCCGACCAAUGCUUCAGACUCGCUCUCGCAUGGCGCCAGAGCCCCGCAGAUGACCAAAAAUCGCAAGUAUCGGACUCGGGAUCUAGUGAUGGAGGGCGUCCAAGGAAGAGACUGGAACGUGCAGGAGGACCAAGAGCACUUGCUGAAGAGCGCGACAGAGAAAGAUGUGUGUUUACGAAAGCAGCCCCCUACCAAGUGGCACAUAUCUAUCCCAACUGCCUUAUCGAGUCUUCAAAUACACGUCGAAUUUCCCACUUCUGGAACGUGCUCCAGGCCUUCUGGACCCAAGACAAGAUCAACUCCUGGCGGUCGUUGAUAUUCCGUGAUCCCGAAAACCCGCUGAAACCAUUUGACGCCUGCUUUAACUUGAUAUGUAUGAACAAUACUAUGCAUACCUUGUGGGGAGAUGGCCAUUUCGCGAUUCGUCCGCUAAACUACAACGACGAUAAAACCAAGCUGGAGGCUGAGAUCCAUUGGCUGCCGAGAUACAACCAUGGACCGCUAGAUUCCAUUCCUCUUGAUACUCCAACCCUGUCGAGCAGAGGUUUACAGAAUUCUUCUUAUAGGGAUGGCGUUCAGACUGUCCCUAUCCAUAUCGAUGGCCAGUCCAUAACUUCGGGUCACAAAGUCGUCUUCGAAACUACUGAUCCUAAACGACUGCCGCUCCCUAGUCGAGAACUACUAGAAAUGCAGUGGGCAUUGAACCGUGUGUUAUCUAUGUCGGCGGCUGUUGAGUACCAAGGCUACGAUGACGACAUGCUAGUUGGAGAGGCAGCUCCCAGUGUGACGGAUUGGCUUGGUUCCAACGACUUUCAGCAAGGACCCGUAGAGCCUCACUCUGAAAGCUCCUCAGACGAGCAAGAAAAUUCGUUUCUUACGUCCCUCGAUCCCUCUCCCAUCAAAACGACCACCGCGGUGGAUACUAGUGAGCAGUCUGAGGUUGAAGCGGGUGGUGCUACGGCGGGACUUUAA